CACUAUGUACAGGAGAGGAGUGUGGAGGUAUGACAGUGAUCGGUAUGUACAGGAGAGGAGUGUGGAGGUAUGACAGUGAUCGGUAUGUACAGGAGAGGAGUGUGUGGAGGUAUGACAGUGAUCGGUAUGUACAGGAGAGGAGUGUGGGGUGUGUGACAGUGAUCGGUAUGUACAGGAGAGGAGUGUGUGGAGGUAUGACAGUGAUCGGUAUGUACAGGAGAGGAGUGUGGAGGUAUGACAGUGAUCGGUAUGUACAGGAGAGGAGUGUGGGGUGUGACAGUGAUCGGUAUGUACAGGAGAGGAGUGUGGAGGUAUGACAGUGAUCGGUAUGUACAGGAGAGGAGUGUGGAGGUAUGACAGUGAUCGGUAUGUACAGGAGAGGAGUGUGGAGGUAUGACAGUGAUCGGUAUGUACAGGAGAGGAGUGUGGAGGUAUGACAGUGAUCGGUAUGUACAGGAGAGGAGUGUGGAGGUAUGACAGUGAUCGG